UCAGUUUUUUGGGGGCAUCAACAUUGAACUCAGUCAUGAACCACACAAGAACACACAGGAAGAAGCUGGCUGGUGCACACUAGAGUAUUCAUACUCUGGUGGAUCAGGUAGAUCUGAAUACUCAGGUAGAUGGACUUGGAUCCUACCUGUCGCUGUCAAUCAUUAACUCUCAGAUCAACACGGAAACAACAGGAGACAUCUGCAGAGGCGAGCCCACACGUUCUCAUCAAAGACAUCAAAGAGCGUUGUGCGGCAGUGCUCCGUGUGAGGAAUGGGGAGAGGCAGCAACUGCAGCUGGAUCGGGCCUGAGAUCCCGUUAUCGUCACAGAUCUUCAGAGCCAUCAGAGAUGAGCUGUGGCUCUUCCUCAUCCCGGCUGGGCUCUGCCUCGUCUUACUGGGGGUGUUCCUGGAGGAGGUGGGCUUCAUCCUGCGCCAUGUUGCCUCAUCUCGACGAAAGCGCCUCUAUCUGUGGAUAUUAGGAAUGUACCCGGCGUUUGCUUUGACCUCCCUCAUAGCCCUGUAUGUUCCACGCUCCUCUUCACUCUGUAAUUUCAUUGCAUCACUGUAUCACUCCAUCACUUUGCUGAAAUUCAUGGGACUCAUUACGGACUUUUUUGGAGGAAAGGCCUUCAUGCUGACUGCUCUGUCUGGGCAGACGGUGUCUCCUGAUCCCUUCCCCUGCUGCUGCUGCUGCUGUCUUCCAAUGGUGGCCAUCAACAGAAGCAGCCGUGCAUGGAUGAUGGUUGCGGUGCUGCAGCUCUCGGUGGUACGCAGCAUCCUCUUCUUCAUCACUCUGGUGUUGUGGACAGAUGAGCAAUACGAUUAUGGAGAUGUGGAUUCGGUCAAUCCAAACCUGUACGUGAAUGCCAUUAUCUGUGUGUCGACCUUUGUGUCCUUCUACGGCCACCUUCUGUUCUACAAAGCCACUAAGAGCGCUCUGCAUGGCUACGGACUGAGAGCCAAGUUCAUCUGCAUCGUGGUGGUGUUGGUGCUGUGCGGCCUGCAGAGCGGCAUCCUGGAGACCUUGGGUGCUCUGGAGGUCAUUCCCUGCACUCCACCGUUCUCUGUCCUCACCAGAUCCCAAAUGAUCUACCACUACAGCGUGAUCGUGGAGAUGUUCUGCAUCGGGUUGUACGCCCGCCACACGUUCCGUAAGGUGGAGCCGAGUGAGGAGAAGGAUCCAGACGCUCGAGCGACCAUCAGGAAGACGGAGAAAGCUGUUCAAACAGAGAGCAGCGGGCAGGAGUGCAGCCGGGCAGCAGACUCCGCUCGGCCCGGACUCUUCUUUGGGAGCGCCACCAACGUGGGUUACAGCAGCGACAGUGAGGACAGCCUGUGCAGGAUAGAGCACGCGCCUCUGGACGGGUUCCACUUUCCUAAACAGCAACAUCCAAGCAGACUGGAAGCUUCAGAGCAAAGAGCUGGAGAUCCGUCUGGAAUUCAUUUAAACCAUUUUACAGUGAGAGCGGACAUCAAUUAUCAUGACUCUAAGGAUGUCACUGUGGUUUGACCGGAACAUAGAAAACAGAUGCUGAUUGUAUCUGGACAGAUUUCUGUCUCUCUUUAUGUUCAAAUCUCAUUUGUAUCUUUUUUUUCUUCUUGUCGCCGUGUUAGGAUUGGUGAUUUAAGGGUGAUUUUCUUUCUUUUCAAAUGUGAAGGUCUCUGUUUUGCUAUUUGUUUUCAGGUUUGAUUUUAUGAAGCACUUUGUGUUCAAAGGGUACAAGCAGAACUUUAUGAAUAAAGUUUGACUUGAUGACA